AUUUCGAAUAGAGAGUGAUAGAGAUAUUGCAAUUUUUGUGAACAAUAUACAGCGGUUGAUUUCGGUUUGACAAAUCAGCUGUCAAAGAAAAACGUCAUUUAUUUCUCUUUUGUACGUGUGUGUGUGUUUUUGUGUGGUCGUUUUGUGAAGAAAAAAUAAGAAAUAAAAGAAAUUGUGAAAAACUUUUUUUGCAAACAUUUUACUAUAUUACGGUUUGCAAAUAGUUUGAUGAAAAAUUUCCAGUGAUUUAUUAACAAAAAAUAGAAAAAGAAUUCAAAAGAAAUUAAACAUUAUUGAUUACAGAUUGCUUUUCCUGUUAACUUUGAUUGCAAAUAUUUUGUAAAAUUGUACAUUUUGUUAGAGACAGAGGAAAAUUAAACGACAAAAAUGCUUAUAAAUAUAAAAGUGAAAACUUUAGAUGCUCAAACCCAUGAGUUUAGCAUCGAUAAUGAGAUUACGGUGCGUGAAUUCAAAGAUAAGGUGGCAGAAAAGACAAAUAUUGCCGCUGAUCAGCAGCGUAUUAUUUAUUGUGGACGUGUUAUGGUCGAUGAUAAACAACUUAAAGAAUAUGAUGUUGAUGGCAAGGUGGUGCAUGUUGCCGAAAGGCCACCGCCCUCUCAGCGUCUUCCAGCUACUGACUCAUCAGGUUCUGGUAGUGAUGCCAGAAAUGAACGUCGUAAUCGCACCAGACCUAAUAUGCGUAAUUCACCCUUGUUUAGAGCUUUAGAUGGAAUGGUUGUGGGUACUAUGGCUUUUCCCAUGAACGCCAAUACAAAUGGCCAAGCUCCUGUAAAUCCAUUUGCUGCUUCCUCGUCAUUUUGUAUGAAUCGUAUAACUGUGGCUCGUCAUAUGUUGGAAUGUGCUAAUAAUAUUGCCGCAUAUUUAGAAGAUCCAUCCAGGGGUUUAAACAAUCAAUCCCUUGAUAUUUUGGCACGUGGACGUUGGACUAUGGAAUCUACAGUUGUCGAAGUGGGCAUUACAUCGGAUAUACCACAAAGUCAACAAAUUGUUGAAAUGGUACAGGGUGCUGUACAGGCUGCUUUAAGGCGUAGUGGCAAUACUAAUGUUACAUUAGUACAAUUGCCAACUGUUUUUAGUUCGAAUGAAAAUGAGGCAAAUGCAGCUGCAGUAGCGGCUGUAGGGGGAACGGCAGAAGCGCCAGCUACAGAUACUGAAACUGCUAACACUGAGGCAGAUAAUGCUCCUACAGCCGCGGCCUCAGUUGUUAUAGAAGAUGUUAUCGAUGAUGAUGAGGAUACACCGACUAAUGAACAGAGUGAUAACAAUUCAACAACAGCAACACCAACUGCAGCAGUAACUGCCACUGGUAAUAACAAUGAUAAUGCAGCUGCCGCCGCCGGUAAUAAUGACGAUGGUGGUGAUAAUUCUAGACGUCGUACUGGUACUCCGGUAUUGGCUGGUGUUAUUGAACAAAUGCGCAAUGUUCAAAAUCGUCUUAAUCCUUUUAUAGAACAAUACUAUGAUUUAUUACAAAACGAACCCAUCUUUGAGGAAGAUGACACUACUGGUCGUGAAAAUGCCCAACGUUUGUUUGAUCGUGUUUCAGAAGCAUUCCAUUAUAUGUCUCAUGCUCAACAUGCUAUUUCUGAUUUAAUGUUGGAUGUUUCUCAGGGCGCACCCAGAUAUUUAACUUGUCGCCCCAUUUUAGUUGAACAAAGCGGUUACGUUACUUCCAAUAAUUUCCUAACACCAGCUAUACUAACACCAGAAGAAUUUCGUCAACAACAAGCGCGUAACACAACGAAUUCAAAUACAGCUGCCUCAACUGCAGCAACUACCACAACUAAUAGCAGUAAUACUGUGACUGGUUCUUCAACAACUUCAUCAAAUGAUGCAAACAACACAGUUGAUGAUCCCAUUGAUGAUCCGGUUAUUUGGCGUCCAACAAUUAAUUUUGGUACUCCUCCCACAAAUGAUAAUGCAAAUGCUUCUAAUAAUAAUGCCGCUGCCGGUAGACCUAGAGUACUAGCACCAGGAGGUGGUGGUACCCUUGAAAUUAUACUACAACCUAGCCGUGCCAUGUAUUUAGAGCGCAAUUUCCAACGCCAAGUAGCACGUUUAUUACAAGAUGUAGUUAGUGCAGCGCCAUUUGAUACCGAGUUUCAUGUUCAUAUCAAUACUCCCAAUGUUGUGUCCAUUGAUGUGCCCAUUGGUGUUAGCGCAAGUAAUAAUAGUAGUAGUGGUGGUAGUGGCGGUGGCACCCAAGCUUCUCAAGCAACCAGUACAACUUUGAAUAAUAAUGAUAGCAAUGCAACAACCACAACAAAUGAUAAUACAAACACUAAUACUACAACAAAUUCAUCUUCUUCCUCCUCAUCUUCAACAGCAAAUCCUGCACGUGUUACGACAGCCACUUUACCAACAACAUCUACCCAAACACGUUCAACAUCACGUCCCCAAGUACACUUUGGUAAUAUCCCUGUAUUGGGUAUGCCAACUGGCUGGAAUGGUCGUGUCUUACCCAGUAACAAUGUGUCAUCAUUCGAUAGAUUUUUACCCUGUAACAGUCAUCAUAUACGUGAACCUGAAACAGCCAACAACAAUGCCGCCAACAAUGACAACGGAUCUAAUAAUGCCACAGCAUCUGGUCCUGCAAAUCGCAAUAAUCCUACUAGGGCACAUAUUGUUACACGACGACCAUUGCGCAUUAUGAAUGAUAUUUUUCAACGGAUACGUCCUCAUUCAUCUCGUAUAGUAGGUUCAACCAUGAGAAAUCCACAAAGUUUGAUUAGAAAUAACUUUGGACCUCCGUCUGGUGCAGCGGUUUCGGUACGUCCCCCCAUAUUGCCACCGAUUAUGGUAAUGCGUGAUUUGUUUGGUGGUGUAGCUGCAGCAUCUGCCAAUGGAUCCUCUGCCUCCUCCUCCUCGACAACAGCCGAUGCUGGAGCCAGCUCAAAUCAGGAUACUCAAAGGCUUAAUAUACACGCCCAACUGAUGAACUGCUUAAACCGACAAAUUUUCGAAGGUCAGCCUAUUAACGAUGACACCAUACCAAUGGCCAUUAAUCGUGCAAUACAGUGGUUUGGCGAAUCCUUGUUGUAUUUGCCACAAUAUGAAAAGCCUGAAUACGAUUCCAGGGAUUCACUCUUCAAUAUUUUAAGAAGUACAUUGCCCGCAGUUAUUGAACUUCUUAAACGUAAUCCUGUCAAUCUCAAGGAAUUUGAACAGAAACUAAAACAAAUUUGUGAACAAUUUCGCAUGCGUUUAUACAGUGUUUUAUACAUUUGCAUUGGACGGGCAAAUGCCGAAAUAUUCUGGGCACAAUUAAUGCGCUUAUUGUGUAAUUCAAUUCAAACUAAUUUACAAGGUGAUGCUGUUGAAUUCUUAGCUCUUUAUUUAACCCCAACUAUACCCAGUGCUACCGAUGAAGCUGAUGCUCAACAAUUUAUUGUUUUACGCAAUACAACAACAGCAGCAACUAAUGAUAAUAACGUGCAAAUGCCCAUGGACACAGAUGUUGAAAUGUCUGAAGCCGCUACCACAUCACAGCCCGAAGUUGAUGAUGAACCUUUGCCCUCAGUUGUGCCUGGUUCGGCUACUUGGCAUCGCCAUUUCCCCAACGAUUGGUUACCUAUUAUAACACGUGAUAUGCAGAGACAAACAGAUAAUCCUCCCGAUCAGCCACCAUUUUCAGAUGCUUACAUAUCAGGUAUGUCAUCGAAACGAAGAAAGCUGGUACAAAAUUCAAAACCACCAACAGAAAUUGGUGCUAUUAUAGCUGACAGUGUAAGAAAAGCCAUACAAAAUCCUGGUACAUCAACAACCGCCAAUCAAAGCCACACGCCCGAAGAUGUUGCCCGUGCAAUUGCUAGUGAUGCAGCAGUGCAAUCAUCAUGUAUAGAUGCCGUACGCACGAAUGUACGAGAACGUCUUAAGAAGGAUCCCGACUUUGAAGCCGACAAGUUUCCCAAAUCUAAUAAGUUUAUAAAAAAAUAAAAUUAUUAUAGAAAUAUUAACACUCCCUUAACCACACACCACACACACACACAUCUCCAUAAUAAAUUUUUUCAACAGACUCUAAAGGCACCUGCGCUUUUAUUUUAAAUAAAGAAAAAAUGAAUACUUUCAUAAGAGACAAAAAAAAAGAAAAGUGUUGCACUAUAAUAACUGAUUAUUGUUAAAUGAUAAAUGGAAAAACAUGGAUGAAAACCCAAUAAAACUUAUAACAAGGUGUCUUUAUAUAAUUCUUUUUUAAAUCUAGGGGCUAAUAUAAGGUAUACUAUUGAAAAGAAAAAAAAAACAAAAACUUAUUUGUGUUAUAUAUUUAAAAAAAAGCUAACAAUGAAAAAAUAAAAAUCAAGAUUUUAUUUUUUUUUUUAAUUUUCGCGAA